GACACCAAGUACCAACGCCAGUAGAGCAGUAGUCAUCAUGCUGGGCUCCCUAAUUCUCCUGUGGAUAAUCUUCAUCCUCCUCUUCUUUCUCUUCAGAAAUCAGAGGCCCAAAAACUUCCCCCCUGGACCUCCGCUCAUCCCGUUAUUCGGAAGCCUGCCUUACCUGGACCUUGUCAAUCCUCUCAAUGACCUCAGGACGCUGUCGGAGCGCUAUGGGAAGAUCUACAGUAUCUACUUCGGGAGCUACAAAGCUGUGGUGCUGAAUGGGAUGCAGGCGAUCAAGGAAGGGCUGGUCACUCACUCAGCGGAAAAUUCUGGAAGACCUACAGGCUUUAUGAUAAACGAUAUAACAGAGGGGAAAGGCAUCGCCCUGAAUUCCGGGCCAGUGUGGAAGAUGCACCGGCGAUUCGCCCUAAUGACUCUGCGGAACUUUGGCAUGGGAAAACAUUCUAUGGAGGCCAGGAUUCUGAGAGAGACUUCCUACCUCACCUCAUAUCUGGAAAAGAAUGCUGGCAAAAUAGACCCCCAGAUCCUUUUCCACAAAGCCACAUCCAACAUCAUUUGCUCCGUCCUCUAUGGGACUAGAUACGACUACGAGGACAAGUUUCUAGAGCUAAUCGUCUGCUGCAUCACUCGGAACAACAAGAUCUUCAACAGUUGUUGGACCAUGAUCUAUGAUUCAUUACCCCUGCUGAGGUUCCUGCCCCUGCCCUGCCUGAAGGCCUAUGAGAACUACAAAAUCCUAAAAGAAGCUGCAGCAGCUCAGGUGUCCCAACACAAGAAGUCCUGGGUGCAGGGAAAGCCCCGGGACCUUGUUGACUGCUACCUUGAUGAAAUUGAAAAGAGGAAAGACGAUGGCUUCUCCUUCAAUGAAAGCCAGCUGUUAAUUGUUCUGCUGGACCUCCAGAUGGCUGGAACAGACACCACUGCCAACACACUCCUCACAGCCUUUCUGUACCUCAUGACUCACCCAGAUGUUCAGGAGAGGUGUCAGAAGGAGAUCGACGAGGUGCUUGGGGAGAAGGAGCAGGCCUCUUUCGAGGACAGACUCAUGAUGCCCUACACACAGGCCAUGAUCCAUGAGGUUCAACGAGUUGCCGAUACAGUGCCACUCAGCAUCUUCCACACUGCCACCGAAGACACACGGGUGAUGGGCUACGACAUCCCCAAGGGCACCCUCAUUAUCCCCAACCUCACCUCUGUGCUGAGUGAGGAAACCCAGUGGAAGUUUCCUCACGACUUCAACCCCUCUAACUUCCUAAACGAUGAGGGAGAAUUUGUGAAGCCAGAGGCCUUCAUCCCCUUCUCUGCAGGGCCUCGGUUGUGUCCUGGAGAGGGUCUCACACGCAUGGAGCUCUUCCUGAUUCUGGUGACGCUGCUACGCCGCUUCGAGUUCAUCUGGCCUAAGGACGCCGGGGUGCCUGACUACACCCUCACUUUUGGAUUUACCCAGACACCCAAACCCUUCAGAAUGGAUGUGAGACUGAGGGCAAACUAUGGGCUUUGCACAGGUGCACAUGCAAAAGUACCUAAAGCAGAAGCAUUCAGCACCAAACCAAGUGGUGCAAAGACCAACAGAGCAGAAGUGACCAUGCUGGGCUCUGUGAUUCUCCUAUGGAUCGGCUUUGGCCUCCUCUUCCUCCUCUUCAGAACUAGGAGGCCCAAAAACUUCCCCCCUGGACCUCGGCCAGUCCCAAUAUUUGGAAACCUGCUGCAGCUGAACAUGGCCAAUCCUCUCAACGAUUUCAAAAAGCUGUCGGAGCGCUAUGGGAAGGUCUACAGUAUCUAUAUUGGGAGCAUGCCAGCUGUGGUGCUCAAUGGUCUGCAGGCAAUGAAGGAAGCACUGGUCACUCAGUCUGUGGAGUUUGCUGGACGACCUGAAGACCUUAUGGUAAAUCACCUAUCAGAGAGCAAAGGGAUUGUCUUGACUAACGGGGCUAUGUGGAAGGAGCACCGGAGAUUCGCCCUAACAACCCUACGGAACUUUGGCCUGGGGAAACGAUCCAUGGAGGAGAGGAUUCUGGGAGAGAUUUCCUACAUAGCCUCGCAUUUGGAAAAUAAUGCAGGUAAAGCUAUCGACUCACAGAUCCUGUUCCACACGGCUUCAUUCAACAUCAUCUGCACUGUCCUGUUUGGGACUCGAUACAAACAUGAAGAUGAGUUUCUCCAGAGCACCAUCCGCCGCAUCACGGAAAUCACAAAGAUUCUCAAUGGCCCCUGGUCUAUGAUUUAUGAAAUGUUGCCCCUGCUGAGGCACCUCCCCCUGCCCUUCCAGAAGGCCUUUCAGAACAUGAACAUGAUCAGAAAGUCACUGGCAGACCAGGUAUCCCAACACAAAGAGUCUUGGGUACCAGGAGAGCCACGAGAUCUAACGGACUGCUACCUUGAUGAAAUGGACAAGAGAGGAGAUGAUGGUUCCUCCUUCAGUGAAAAACAGCUGGUCGGCUAUCUGCUGGACCUUCUCUUUGCUGGAACAGACACUAGCUCCAACACACUGCUCACGGCCUUUCUAUACCUCAUGACUCACCCAGAUGUUCAGGAGAGGUGUCAGAAGGAGAUUGACGAGGUGCUUGGGGAGAAGGAGCAGGCCUCUUAUGAGGACAGACACAAGAUGCCCUACACACAGGCCAUGAUCCACGAGGCUCAGCGAGUCGCAGACACGGUGCCGCUCAGCGUCUUCCACACCACCACCAAAGACACACGGCUGAUGGGCUACGAUAUCCCCAUGGGAACUGUCAUCAUUCCCAACCUGUCCUCUGUGCUGAGUGAGGAAAGCCAGUGGAAGUUUCCAAAGGAAUUCAACCCCUCCAACUUUCUAAAUGAUCAAGGAGAGUUUGUGAAGCCAGAAGCCUUCAUGCCCUUCUCGACGGGGCCUCGGGUGUGUCUGGGAGAGGGUCUCGCUCGCAUGGAGCUCUUCCUGAUUCUCGUGACACUGCUACGCCGCUUCAAAUUUGUCUGGCCCGAGGACAGCGGUGUGCCUGACUACACCCCUGUUUUUGGGGUCACCCAGGCACCCAAACCCUACAGACUGGGGGUCAGACUGAGGGAAAAGCCGGGGAAGUGAUGCAUGUUGGGAUAGCUGGUGACGCAAUAUGUAUAUAUAAAUAACCUGGUCCCCACUCUAAAAUUUAACAAGGAAUUUGAUCUUAAUGAGACCCCCUUUUCUAGACCCCCAUGUACGAUUUAACAAAAUAUGCCAACUAUCCACUGCUCUCUAUACCAAACCAGUCAACAGGAAUAGCCUUUUACACGCUGCAAGCGCACAACCCCCUCCCAUCAAGAAGGGGCCUCCCUUAUUCUCAUAUUCAUGAUUAAGACAGGCCACGGACAGCUUUAUGAACACAGUUGUUUUUUUACUUCAUGUUUUUUAUUCAUUUGUAUUGUUAUAUUAAGUAAGCAGAAAUUAGUUGGCUAACAUUAACUAGCUAGCUAUGUCAAGUAGAAUGGAUGGCUGAAGAAAGCACUUUAGGGCAGUUUUAUAAUUCCAGGCAUCUACUACUAUUUCUUAAAAUGUUAUACGUGUACAGGUCUUCAAUC